AUGCCGCACUCGUUUGGUUACCGCGCGCGUACGCGCGACAUGUUUGCGCGUCCGUUCCGUCAGAGCGGCAUGAUCAAGAUGUCGACGUACCUGCGGACGUUCAAGGUCGGUGACUACGUGGACAUUAAGGCGAACGGUGCCGUGCAGAAGGGCAUGCCCCACAAGUUCUACCACGGCCGCACGGGUCGCGUGUACAACGUGACGCGACGUGCCGUCGGCGUGCGUGUGAACAAGAUCGUGGGCAACCGCAUCAUCCACAAGCACAUUAACGUGCGCAUCGAGCACGUGCACCAGUCCAAGUGCCGUCUCGGCUUCCUCACGCGCGUGAAGGAGAACGAGCUGAAGAAGAAAGAGGCUCGUUUGACGGGCGUCCGCGCGCAGAUUAAGCGCGUGCCGGCGCAGCCCAAGGCCGCCUACACGUUGAAGACCAAGGGCACCACGCCAAUCACCAUGGCGGCACAGCCGUUCGUGGACCUCAUGUAA